AAUCUAUAAACCCUUUGAAAGUGAUCAAGCCUGGUUCUUAAGAAUUGAAAAAAACAUUCGAACCAUGGGUGAUCACUUGUUAAAGCUAGUGAUCUUUUCCUUUGUUGUUGUGGUGAAUACUCAUCAAGUCCAAGGACAUGUCGAUGGAGUUAGCCUCACAUUAAACGUAACUGGAACAGUUGGAGUCCAAGGCGAUGUCAAUGGAAACAUUAGCCUCACAUUCAUUGCUAAUGCAAGCGAAACGGGAGCAGUUUGUCUGGACGGAAGUGCAGGAGGUUAUUACUAUGAUCCUGGAUUUGGAGAUGGAGUUAAUAGUUGGAUUAUUUAUUUGAAUGGUGGGGGUUGGUGUGGUAGUGAUGGGGGUUGUGAAGGAAAGGUGAAAUAUGGAGGUGGAAGCAGCAACCAGAGUCUCAAGAUUAUCACUUUUGGACAAUUACAUAGCAGAGACCACACAACAAAUCCAGAUUUCUAUAAUUGGAAUAGAGUACAAGUGGUCUACUGUGAUGGUUCAUCUUUCAUGGGAAACGCGGAUCAUAGUGUAUUUAAAAGUAGGGGUGCAAGGAUUUUUGACGUCGUGAUGGAAGAAUUCUUUCAGAAAGGAAUGGCUAACGCAACAAAUGUUAUACUUACUGGUGGGUCGGCCGGUGGAUUAGCAACACUCUUGCAUUGCGAUGGCUUCCGGGCUCUUUUUCCGAGCAGUGUUCGAGUAAAAUGCGUUAUUGAUUCGGGUUUUUUUCUCCAUGCACCAGAACUCCAUGGGGCUGAAUUUAGAGCCAACUACUAUGCUACUAUAGCUGCAUAUCAUGGUUUUACGGAUAAGUUGCCUGCAUCAUGCAGAUCAAAGAUGAAUGCAAGUCGGUGCAUCUUCCCACAAUAUAUGAUCCGAGAUAUCCAGACACCACUCUUUUUAGUCGAAUCAAAAUUUGAUUGGUAUCAGUUGCAUAUGAACGAGUUUACAGAUGAUAAAAAUUUUAAGACAUGCACGAACGAUGUAACACUUUGCUCACCUUCUAAUUUUGAAACCAUGAAAGAAUACGGUGUGGCCCUCACUAAUUCAUUGCAAGAAAUUCGAGACACGUCAUCCAUUGGAAUGUUCGUUCACCCUUGCUUCCGUCAUGGUCACUUUUACCAGAAUCUUGGAUGGGAUGCAUCAUACAAAUUGAAAAAUAAAACAAUUGCACAAGCUAUUGGUGAUUGGUACAACGAACGAGACUGCACAUUUCAAGAAAUUGAUACCCAACAUGAAUAUCCUCUAAACAGCGACUGUACUGAGAUUCCAAGGCUGGUGCGUGGGCUGCAUUCGCCUUUCUGUAGCGCUCAAUCGCCAUGCAGGCUGGUUCUCUGUACUGGCUUGCUUGUUUAUAUCACGGUUGUUCUCAAUCGGCGAAGCCUCACAUCGGAAGACGAUUUAACGACAAGGAAGACAAUUCACCGACGUCGAAUCGCUUUCUCUUUUAUAAAGGAGAGGGCAUACCUAUAA